UCUGACUCUUUAUAAAUAAUGUUUCAGAAAGAUCUUCAUUCUUCUUUAUAUGCAGCAGAGAGUUCCCGUACUCUAAUAUUUCUACUGACUGUCCUCUCUAGAAAACUAAACCACUGAACCUGACUGAGGAACCGGCUGGUUUUUCACUGAACCCUGUGAUUGAUCUACGUGUGCUUUCAGUGUCGUCUUCAAUGUGAACCCUGAGAACUCUGAGAGGACAGAUGAGCUGCCUCGGCUUUGAGUGAGCCUGAUCCAGCUAAAAACUACAAGGUUUAGGAGGAGAUGGAGAUGGAGGCAGUGAAGGAGAACAUCUCCUCACACAAAUAUUUCUUCCUGGUUGGCUUUAGUGAACUCGGAGAGCUGAGGCCGUUCCUCUUCAUCCCGUUCUCCGUCAUGUUUGUUGUGUCACUGUUUGCUAACUCCCUGCUGGUGUACGUGAUCGUUUCACAGAGAAGCCUCCACUCGCCGAUGUACAUCCUGAUUGCCAGCAUGGCAUGCAUUGACCUCAGCCUCCCUGUAUUCUUUGUUCCCCACAUGCUGCUGAGCUUCCUGUUUGACUGGAGGGGGAUCUCUUUGGGUGCCUGCCUUGUUCAGAUGUAUUUCGUUCACUUGUUAGGAGCCUUUCAGUCCACUCUGCUGCUGUGGAUGGCUCUGGAUCGUUACUUUGCCAUCUGCACACCACUCUACUAUCAAGAACAAAUGGCUUUUGAAAGAUUUCUUAAAUUUGUGAUCCCACUUUUUAUCAGAAAUAUGUUUGUUGUCUUGGUGGUGGUCAGUCUGGCUGGAAAAUUGCCAUUCUGUCUGAGAAAUGUGAUAAACCACUGCUUCUGUGAGCACAUGGCCUUGGUGGAGUUGGCCUGUGGAAGCACCAUCAUUAACAGCCUGGUGGGGUUGAUCUCAGUGAUCUCUGUCCCUGUGACUGACUUCUUCCUCAUCACUGCCUCUUACACAGUCAUAUUCAGCUCUGUGUUGAGCUCAGGAAAGUCAAGUGCCAAAGCUCUUCACACCUGUGUUACACACAUCGUAGUCAUGACUGUUAGUCUGACCAUCGUACUCACAGCUUUCCUGUCAUAUCGAAUAAGGAACGGCAUCCCUUCAGCCAUUAGGAUUUUCUUCAGCAUUAUGUACCUGUUCUUUCCAAGCUGUUUCAACCCGAUCAUCUACGGCAUCAGAACUACCGAGAUCCGACAGCACAUCCUCAAUACACUGAAAAUCUGA